AUGGCUGAAAACGAAGUAUGGGUCGAGUACAUUGAUGAACUAUAUGGAGGCAAUACUAGAAAUGAUGCCAUAGGCAAUAGCUUAUUUUCUCAUCUAGAAGACGAACAGGUAAUAUUAAUGAGUGAGUUGAGAAUAUCAUUAGAAGAGCUGGCAAAGAGGAAGAGUGCUGGGCCAGAUGGAGAUGGUACAGAACUACCCCAAAGUAUGGAUGAAAAUGGCAGAACAGCAUUAUUGAGACUUAAACAAGAUGUGUAUAUGAGUGGUUACAUUCCAAAAGACUUUAGAAGAUCAAUCUUUGUUGCUCUUCCUAAAAAAUAUAGUGCUAAUGAAUUUUAA